CCUAACCUCUUGACUAGUUCUUCGUGUGGCCAAUCCUUCAAAAUCUGAUCAAAUAAAAACACUCAUAAUCGAUUAUCCUUGGAAAAGCCACGAGAGAAGAAAAAAAAAAAGGAAGGAAAACAUGAACCUAGGAUCGGUUACACGGUAUCUUGAGGGAGAAGUAAUCGAUGAAGGCGGCAAGGACAAGGAAUCACAAGUUGCGAAAUUACCAUCCAGAUUCAUCGAGCGAUUCGUGCUGAAAGGUAUAAAAGUAGAUCUCAUCGAACCUGGUCGAAUCGUCUGCUCCAUGAAAGUCCAACCUCAUCUCCUGAACGCAGGAAAAUUCUUACACGGAGGAGCAAUGGCGACAGUGGUGGAUUUGAUAGGGACAGCUGCAAUUUACACAAACGUAGAUUCAGAUCAGUCGGAGGGAGUAUCAGUGGAGAUCAAUGUUUCAUACCUUGAUGCUGCUUUCCUUGACGAAGAGAUAGAGAUUGAGUCAAGGGCUCUGCGUGUGGGCAAAGCUGUAGCGGUUGCGAGUGUUGAGCUGAGGAGGAAGAAGAAUGGUAAGAUGAUUGCUCAAGGUCGCCAUACUAAGUACCUUGCUCCCCGUCCUAAGCUCUGAAUGAAUCUUAUUAUUUUUCUUUACCUACAAGCAAAUAAGAAUCGGUUAAUUUGUUUUCAUCUGACCACGAGUUUGCGUGAAUCAGAUACUUAAUAAUAAUGCUAUAAUAAAACCUAAGUGAUCUACAAUUGUUAAAGACGAUCUUUGUGGGUAACUUAGAAUUUGAAUAAUGUUGGUUUGUGAUACAAAGGUGAUCUCUGUUUUAUUUUCGCAUUUUCGCAUC